GUGUAAUUAACCUCCAUGUUGAAAUUGUUUACCUUAAUUUGUAACAAUUUUAAAAAUGAGUAUUAAAGUGUUUUUCAAAGAUUUUCCAAAAAUUUGCCGAUUAUGUUUAGCCCAUGGAGACUUAAAACCAAUACAGGAAUUAAAACAAUUAGAAUUGUUUAAGUUACUUAUGGACAUUAAGGUAAAAGAGGAGGACAAAAUGCCAGAUAAUGUGUGCCUAAAAUGUGUUAAACAAUUGGAGGAUAUAUAUAACUUUAUAGCGAAGUGUAAAAUAAAUGAAGAAGCCUUAAAAUUAGUGGUUUCAAAAGAGUUAGAAGAAAAGUCCAAUGUAGAACAAGAGGAUGUAAUGAGUGAUGGUUGUGAUAAUGAUGAUGUGAAAGAUGAAGACGAUUUCUUCUUGAAAGAUGUUAAAGAAGAAAUUGUUGAAUUAGAACCAGAUAUACUUUUAGAGAUAAAUAAAGAAGUUUCUUUGGUGUGUGAAAACUGCAGUGAGAACUUCAAUUCUAUGGCAGCUUUAAAUGGACAUUACGAAGACUUUCCUAAAUGUAGUCCAAAGGAUUCAAACAAAAAUGAAGUUUGCAAUAUAGUUGAAUAUUUAAAAAAACCGAAAACAAGAAGGGGUAAAAAGAAAUUAAAAGAAGAAAGUGAUGGAGAGGUGGAGUAUGUUAAGGGAAGAGUACUGAAGGGAAAGCGUAGAUUUUUAUGUAACUACUGCGGAAAGAAUUACACUAGAAAAAAUGGGUUAGAAAGGCAUAUUUUAAGCCAUUCAGGAAUAAAACCAUUUGAAUGCAAAGAAUGUGGCAAAUGUUAUAUAACAAAGGAUACAUUAAAGACACAUCUUUUAACUCACACUGGAAUCAAAGCACACAAGUGUACAGUCUGUCAAAAAUCAUUUACACAAUCCAGUCAUUUAAGUUAUCACAUGAGAAGGCAUGCAGGUGAAAAGCCACACACAUGUACCUUCUGUGGAAAAGCAUUUCUGUCUAGUUAUCAUCUGGAGAGGCACAAAUUAAUGCACACAGGAGUCAAACCCUACGAAUGCAAUUUGUGUGGCAAGCAGUUUGUUCGCAGCACAACUCUCAGAGACCAUCUCUUAAUCCACAGCGGAGAAAAACCAUUUCAAUGCCAACACUGUGGCAAACAAUUCAACAGGAAACAGUCUCUUACCAACCAUGUUCUGGUCCACACCGGAGGGAAAACCAGCAAUAGCAGUAGUGCGAAUUUAGUAUCUGUAGGUGUAAAUAUGAGUUCUAGUGACAAUAAUUUUAAAUAUGUGAAUGUAGCUAGUGACUUUCCGGUAAAUAUGCUGGGAGGAGAUAUGCAGAACUUUUUAACCACUUCUGGAUUGAGUAAAGAAACUAGCAGUCUAGAGAACUCUUUGAGUUUGCAUACCACACAUUGACACAUGUAAUUGGCACUAUGUUUUUAUUAGGGCAUAGUAAAAUCUACAAUAUGUACGAUUGGUCUUUUAUUGGCUCAUAUAAAAGCAAUGAUAUUCAAAUCUAUAUGGCUCAUAUUACUUUUCAUAUUACCUCUCAUGUACUGCUGAAGACACAAGAUACUAAGAUAGCAAAUGUUUUAAAAUAUUGGUUUCUUCUAGAUUGUUUUUGUAGUGUUUGCAAUCAUCACAGCUCUAUUCUCUUUGUUCAGUGUUAUCAAUAUUUUACAUCACCAACACUUCAACUAAGAAUGAUAAAAUAUUUUAUUUGGAAUUUACUGCCACCGACUUUAACUCUAAUUUUCCUUGCUUUGUGGUGUUUAAAGACUCCAUAACAUUAUUUUUAACAGUACACUAUGAAAAGUUGUAUGAAAUCACAUCUUUUAUUUUUAUUAUGAAAUAAUAAAACUUGGGGUGUAGAUAAUUCAUUUGUGAUUUACAAAUUUUAGAAUUCAUUUCAAUGACAUUGCAUGUACUUACGUUAGAAAUAUAUAAUUUCCAGAAUGUAUAUUUAUCAUGAAAGUUUUAUUUAUUAUUU